AUGACUCCGGAUGUCUUUCACACCCAUCGCGCCACCGCGCUCGGUCGCCGGCCCAGCUGGACCCCAGCCCUGCCGGAGGACUUCGACCGUCUCAAGCCCAAUCGCAUCUCCAUCUCCACCAGUGGCGAAACGCCCGUCUCCGAUCAGCCUCUGUCGCAGCUGGCCCCACACUCACUUGGGCCGAAUUCCCCCCACGCACCUGGCCCUCGUCCCUCCGCCAAUGGCGGGGCCAUUUCCAACGGCGAUUCCACCACAGCCGCUUCCUCCGCUUCUACUGCGGCGGCCGCCUCAGGGUCCGGCUACUCCCUCGGCGCCGGAUUUCCCGUGGGAAGCCUCGGCCGUCGGGCCUCGGCCCCGAACCUGGGGUUUCCAUCUGUUUCGCUGUCAUCCAAUUACCCAAACAUGGAUGGUCGCGCGCCGAUGAAUACCGCCGGGCACUUUUUCCCCUUCGCCGCGGCCGGAAGUUACAUGACCGCCGGCUCUGGGCCCGGGUCCGACAGCUCCACCCCGCCGACUGGCGGCGUCUUCUUCCCUGUUCCGAUGGCUGGCACUCAUCCUCACUCAUCCAUCCCGCCAACUUCGUCCGAUGCUGCUGCCGGGUGCUCUUCCUGUCAGCUGGCCCCUCCCCAGCAUGAUGUCGGCUCGCCGGCUGCCUGUCCUCUCCCCGGCGCCGAUCCAGCUACCGGCAGGCGCUACUCCAUCGGGAUUGACCAUCAUCACUGGGCUUUCCCCCCCACUUUCUCCUCCGGAUCGGGCACCGGGGCCGCACAUUUUGCUGGCACCCCUCCUUCUGAUGGGACUGUCAGCGGCCCCAAUGCUCCCCCCUCGGCCAAUGCCCCUGUUUCCGAUGACUCCCUCAGUUCGGACAGUCUCCUCGUGGCUGCGGAAGCGGCCUUUUUCACCUACUCGGAAUCUGCCUCGGGCCCUGGAGCCGGUGUCGGCACCGGGCCCGGUGCCGGUGUCCCGAUCCCGGGUCUUGAACAAUCGGAUCUCGCCGGCACCCUGUCCGAUGGAGAGCCCUCUGGUGGUGCCUUUUCCCGGUCGCCAGGGGGAGCCCUUCGCCUGCCGCCGGUCGGCCACUUUGGCGACUUCCCCGGCGAAUCCAGCGGCCUGCAUGGAUCCAAUCCCCCCGGUGCCGGCAACAGCAGCAGCAACAACAGCAGCAGCAACGGCAGCAACAGCGCAGGACGCGGCAUCUCGCCCAUGAAUGCCUCGGCGGCUGUUCAUUCUCUCUCGGAGACUUUGCACCAUCGUCUGGCCCUCGGGCCAAAUGGCGACUCCUCCUCGACUGCAGGCCAGGCGAUGGGUGCUUUUGCUCCGCCACAAUCGCAGAGUCAGCACUCGCCGCCACUGGCCAUUGCCGCGUCGGCCAUGCCAGGUGAGCAUGCCCUUCUUGGCUCUGGCGCCCGGCACCCGGCCAACUCCUUCGGCGACGUCUUCUCCAUUCGGCGCAUUUUCCUCCCCGGAGCUGGUCCGGGUGCGUCCGGGCCUGGCGUCAUUCCCGCCCUUCAACAGGAGCCCAUGCACUUCCCCUCGACAUCCUCCAUGUCCGACUCCAGCCCCCUGCCCACCUCCUUCCGGUGCACCACCACCGACGACGACGACGACCUGGAUGCUGUGCUUGACUUGACCAUCCCCGGAGCGGGGAGUGCCAGCAGCAGCGCCGGCGGCGGGUCGGCCCUGGUGUCAAGCUAUUCCACGGAUUUGGCCCUCUUUGCCGAAAGCACAGACAUCCCGGCCACCGGUCGGAGCCGGAGCUCCAGCGAUGCGCCACUUCUGGCCCAGAGUGCCUCGGCUCGCAAUGCCCUGGCCAGCCAUCCGCCAUCCUCCUCGUCGGGUUCCUCGCACCAGGCCGCCGGGCAAUUCCACCCCCACCACCCGAACCACAUGCCGUCCGAUCCCUUCUUCAUCGCGAUCCCGCCACCGUCCCAGGCUGUACAUACACUUAAAGUAGCAAAAUCCAUUGCUACCACUCCCGCUCCCGCUGCCGUUGCCACCGCCGCGGCCCGAUCAUCUCAGGCACAACCCGCCUCGGCUGCCUCCGCCGGCCCGAGCACCGAGACCCUGGCCGAAGCCCCGCCAGUCAAGCAGCAGCCCGCCUCUCCCUCCCCAGCCUUCUCGCCCUCGCCCGACGAUGCGCGGGCCAAAUUCCGUUCUCCCAGGUUCCCCCGUGUGUCUGCCGGCCAUGAGCGGCCCUCCCCCGAGCCGGCCUUCUCCGAAGAGGAGAGCCUCCCCCCGUAUCAGGACAAGGCCGAUGCCGAUGAUCUCCAAAAAGACAACACCUCCCAGGGAGGGUCCUUUGGCUCGGCACCGGUCCCCUCGCAACCGACCGGCGGCGGCGGCGGCGGCGGCGGCGGCCCGCACCAUGUCAGCUCUGGCCCCAAUGCCGGGUCUCUUUCCCUGGGUAGCCUUCCAGCUGAUACGGAGUUCUACCGGGUGGAGUUCAAGUCCGGUCGAUCGGCCCUCUUCUUCUCAACCAAAUCCAACAUUGGCUUGACCUACUCGGCGGAUCUUCUCUCCGGGUCGCGGCCAUUCCUCCGCGGUGAGGCGGUUCGCCAGCAUCAACAGCAGCAGGCCCAGGCGAAUCUCCUGCAAAUGAUGCAGCAAAACAACGCCAACACCAAUGGCACCCUGACGACCCCCCACUACCAGAAGGAUGAUCUGGUUUUGGUGGAGGCCGAUCGCGGGUGUGACCUUGGCCGCAUUGUCGAGCGCCUCCCCCGAUCCGAAGUGCCGGAUGUCUCGCUCAAGCCCAUCUGCCGGCUGGCGCAGCCCAGUGAGGCCGAGCAGCUGGCUCAGAAGACCUCCGACGAGCAGAAGGCCCUGAUGCUGUGCCAGGCCAAGUGCCGCGCGCGCAAACUCCCCAUGGAGGUGGUCAAUGCUGAGUACCAGUGGGACCGGAAGAAGCUGACAUACUACUUCAUUGCCGAGCGUCGAAUUGACUUCCGUGAUCUCGUGCGCGAGCUUUUCAAGGUUUACAAGACCCGGAUCUGGAUGUGCAAUGUCGUCGAUGAGGACCCUGCCUCACGCGGCCAUGGACCAUCUCCCCCAGUACACUCGUCCAGUGCCGCAACCUCGGCUGCUCCGGUUGCUCCUUCUUCCUCGGUCUCGGCCACGACCUCCGCCUCUGGCCCCACACCCAUGCCCGUGGCUCCAUCCCAGACCUCCUCCUCUUCCUCCUCCUCCUCCUCCUCCUCCUCCACCCCCACUCCUGCUCUUGGCGUAGCUCCUGGUCCUGCUCCCCAUCCGGCUCCGUCCUCCUCCCCGGAGCAGGCCUCAACUUCGAGUGCUGCCGCGGCUCCGGGGCCAUCUUUGGCACAGACCGCCGCCUCGGGCUCGGGCUCGAGUCCGAGUCCAGGCUCGGCAUCCGGUCUGACUGCCUCGACUGCUUCGGCCUCUUCCCUCAGUUCGGGAGGCAACCCCGUGCCAGUCGUCCAGGAUGGGCCUCCAGCAGCCACCUCGGUGACGUGUGCUCUUCCGAUCUCUUCGAGUGCUGCCGCGGCUCCGGGGCCAUCUUUGGCACAGACCGCCGCCUCGGGCUCGGGCUCGAGUCCGAGUCCAGGCUCGGCAUCCGGUCUGACUGCCUCGACUGCUUCGGCCUCUUCCCUCAGUUCGGGAGGCAACCCCGUGCCAGUCGUCCAGGAUGGGCCUCCAGCAGCCACCUCGGUGCCCCUUUCUCCUGCCCCCGGCAUUGCCCCGGUCGAUUCGGCCCCGAUUCCGACAUAUUCUUCGGACUUCCUGCUUGGCCUCCUGGCCUCACAACAGUUCAUGAAAGCCAGUCCGGAGAUGCUUGCCGCUGCGGCUGCGGCCGCGGCCGCGGCCGCUGCAGAUCGGAAGAGCGUCGUGUAG